GGAGGAGGAGRGAGGGAGAGGGAGAGCUUUUAUUUUUUCCCUUUUUUUUUUAAACCAUGAGUCUCGCUCUCACUGAGUGAGGAGGCAGAGUUGGAGCGUCAGAGAGGRGGAGAGAGACGGCGGAGGAUGACAGCGUUUGUCCUUCUUGGACUCAGUUUUGCCACCGGCUGACGGCAGCUCCAACAACUUCACAGCGAUCCGACAUUUAAAGAUCCAAACUUUCCCAUUGUGCUGUGUGUUUGACGAUCCAGUGGAUGCUUUCAAAAAGGCUACAAGUGAGACGCCUUUCCAAGGGUGUUCAAGUCUCCGUGGGAAACUGAAUGAGACGCUUCGUAAAAGACGUUGGGGGAAAAAAAUCACAGCUCAGGGAAGGCUUUUUGAGCUAGAGAGAGAUAUUAGACCGUGCUGGGGGGAAAAAAAGAGAAAAGGAGUGAUUGACACCUGCCCUCCAGCCUGGUGUGAAGGGCACAGCAUGGGAGAGUGAGAGGAGGGGAACGACAGGAAAGAAAACACCGGAGAGAAUGAAGACAACCAGAAAACAAGACCUGCCUUAUUACACACCUCGCUCAAAUUAGAACGUCUCGCUACAUGACAAGAUGAUUGCAAGAACUUUAGUUUUAUUGGUUAUCCUGUCUCUGUGGGAGGGGCUUUUGGGAGGCACCUCUGCCAGUAAGAUUGUACGCAGGAGAGGAGUGGGCGGAUCACACUUGGUGAAGCUAGGGGACAGCAGAUCUGCAGACCAAUGGGAUAAGGGCGAGGAUUCAAAUGCAACGCCUAUGGUGACUCUAAGAAACCUGGUCAAUCACGAACAGGCGAGUGCUGCUGGGUCACUGGCUUACUCCAAGAGUCAUCCUUCAUCAGUAUCCAACAAGGAGAGGCAGUCUUUCAAACCCAAGCGUGAGGUGGAUUCUGUCAGUAAAAAAGACAUGACUCCAUACAUAUUAUCCAGCAACAAACCUUUAUACCAGGAUGUGAAAAAAGUUAGGAACAACACAAAAAGUGUUGAGACUUCCAGUUCUGGAAGGUCAGAGAAAACUUUCACGAUCCACCAUAAGUCGGAACUGCACUCCAAUAAAACCAGGUUUAAAUCAAGCUUUAAAUCCAGGAACAAACCUGAUCUGAGUGUCCACACCACAGGUACGCCCGGGAGAGGGUUAAGCUUAGAUUCAAACCGAAAGCUAAAUCUCACCGGUAGUUAUGGAGUGCUUAAGCUCCUGUCAAAAGAAAACUUAGUGAGGAUUGUCAAUUCCCAAAUGCAGAGAGUUCCCGGCCUCAGCUUCCCAAGCAAGGGCACCCGGAGCAGGAAGAGAGAUUUGAUUGACGUUAAUCACGGACAGUUAGAGACUCAGAAGGAGCAAAGACAAGAUAUGGCUGCCACUCAAGCUCACGUUGGAUUUGAUAAUCAGACCGCAUUUCCUUAUGCAAGCACAGUCACCAGCCAAGAUCUUAAACAGGACCAGGGCGUUGAUGCCCGUAUUAAUCCGCCAAGUGAAGCCAAACCAGCUUUGAGCAAAGGGCAGUAUAACUCCGACGGUGGUGAUAACAAGAGCAAACAUCUUGUCCAUUUUCUGUCAACACCCCACAGCGAGGUCAGCCUCAGUCCUGCAAAAGAAGCGACGCUCAGCCAAACAGAACCCCCAUUUACAUCGACAAAACAUCUACCAGUGUAUGCUCUUCCYGAAACAAAUGAUCCUCCUCCAUCUGUGCUGACAAUGCAACCCCUGGGAGCAAGGCUGGGGAACAGAGCAGCAGAUUCCCACAGAGACCCAUUAACAGAGUCAGCUCACACUGCUCAAACAGAACUCAGCACAGCUCAGUAUCUCACAGAUGAAGACUACAAACUUGUCAACAGCAGUCAUGUCCUGAGGCUCCACCCGGCUCCCAAAUGGAGCCACGGCGCAAAAGACACCGAGAUGCAAGCUGUCGAUUCAGAGAAUGGAAAGGGACUUGUGUUUGAAGAGGCAGAGUCUGAGGGGGAAGAGUAUGCGCCUGACCCGACGGAGGGAAGGGGGCCACGCUCUCGUAGCAGGAGGAGCUGGAUCUGGAACCAGUUCUUCGUGAUAGAAGAAUACGCAGGGCCUGAACCUGUGCUCAUUGGACGGCUCCACACUGACAUGGACAGAAAUGAUGGCCGCACUAAGUAUAUCCUGCGAGGUGAGGGGGCGGGCUCUGUCUUUGUGAUAGACGAGAAAACGGGCAACAUUCACGUCACCAAGCCACUGGACCGCGAGGAGAAGGAUGAGUACCGUCUCAUUGCCACGGCCACCGACAGGCAGACCGACCGUCCCCUGGAGCCUUCRUCGCAGUUCAUAAUUCGAGUGCAGGACAUCAAUGACAACCCUCCUGUCUUCGAAGAAGGGCCCUACAGUGCCACUGUGCCUGAGAUGGCAAAUAUAGGCACGUCUAUAAUCCAGGUGACAGCGACAGAUGCUGAUGACCCGACAUAUGGGAACAGCGCCAAGCUUGUGUACACUCUGGUGCAGGGCCAGCAGUACUUCUCUGUCGAUCCCCAGACAGGUAUUUUACGCACAGCCGUGCCCGAUAUGGACAGGGAGACCCAGGAUCAGUACUUAGUGGUGCUUCAGGCCAAAGACAUGGGCGGCCACCUAGGAGGAUUAUCCGGGACCACCACUGUCACCGUCAAGCUCACUGAUGUCAACGACAACCCUCCACGUUUUACCCAGAGUAUGUGGUCUUUCUCCGUUUCUGAGCUGGCCAUCCCGGGUGCUGAGAUCGGACGCAUUUCCGCAAAUGACGCUGACCUCAGUGAGAACGCCAAACUGGAGUACACCAUUCUAGAAGGAGAGUCCGGGGACACAUUCAACAUCACGGGUUUGAACGAAGAGGCUGUCAUCACACUCAACAAGGCGGUCGACUAUGAGAGUCGAAGUUCCUAUUCAUUCUCUGUGGAGGUCCUCAACCCCAUAGUGGACCCCCGCUUCCUGCGUCGAGGCCCCUUUAAAGACAGAGCAUCAAUCCGAGUAGCAGUGCUGGAUGCUGAUGAGCCUCCGAGGUUCUCCCGAUCCCGAUACCUGAUGGAUGUAUCUGAGAACUGCCCACCAGCCUGCACUGUAGGCCGGGUCAGCGCUGUGGACCCGGAUACUGGUCUGACCAAUAAUAUCAGAUUCUCUAUUGAUCCCCAGUCAGAUCCGGAGGCUUUGUUUCGUAUCACCCCGGACACCGGUCUCAUCACUACAGCUAUGGAGCUGGACCGGGAGCGGGAGCACUGGCACAACAUCACAGUCAUUGCCACCCAGAGAGAUAAUCCCGGCCAGGUGUCCAGAGUUCUGGUUGCAAUAGAGACAUUAGACCUCAAUGACAAUGCRCCCGAGCUUGACAGGCAGUACACAACUGCCAUGUGCGACUCAUCCAACUCUGGACAGGUCAGUCAGAGUUUAACUAGCCCCACAGCCAGCCUGGUGCUGCUGUCCCAGCUCCAGCCGCUGUCCCGCUCCUCGUCCUCCACCCUAACGCUGUACGUGCCGCUCGUCCUGAGGGACGGGACGUCAGGCCUCACCAGCACGGGGACAGUCACCGUGUCUGUCUGUCCCUGCCUGAAGGGAGGAGCCCGAGCUGGGGAGAAAGACAAGGAGAAACAGUCGGAGGGGGAGUGGGACUGGGAAAAGGAGGCAGUGUGUCUCCCCCAGCAGUCCAUGCUUCCUUCCCCUGGACUCAGCACUGCCGCCCUGCUGGCUAUCCUGGCUUGUGUUGCUACUCUACUGGCCGUGAGCGCCCUGUCGCUGUCGCUGCGCCGUCAGAAGCGAGACUCCCUGUCGCCGCUGGAGGAGGACGACGUGCGCGAAAACAUCAUCACGUACGACGACGAGGGCGGAGGGGAGGCCGACACGGCUGCCUUUGAUAUCGCCGCGCUCCAGAGUGCUCCGCACAGCUCCCGCUCACGUGGCUAUCGCACCCUCGACAGCAGGAAUAUUCGUUACAGCCAGCAUGCCCAGGACAAAUCUCGCACCUACAGCUGGGCUCAGAACCCAGGAGUGGAUCACAACUAUUCAGGAGCAGGUGGACCCCUUUAUGGCCGUCUUUGCUACAGCAGCCACACAUUACCAGUUCUCCGCCGUACACCUGGUGGAACAUUUGAUCCAGGCUUGGCAGAGCUGGCGUAUCGCAUUCCAGGGGGCCAGCCAGACCACUCCUUGGUCAUCCAGAACCAAGGGGCCAUGGUGGGCCCAAUGGAGUCUGGAGCAGUGUACAUAGCUCCAACAGACCUCAGCACAGGAAGCAGAACGGGGAGUCGCACAGGCAGCCGUGAUGGAACAGCCCCCCACAGUGGAGUUAGCACUUCAGACGGAGGGACUCCGAGGACCAAUGACAGCCAGGAGAGAGGAGGAGGGACGGGACCUGGAAACAGCUGUACAGAUGAAAGUAAUGAGGACAAGGUUAGCCACGGUCAAGACUUGGACUGGGUGCAGUCGGAGACCUUGCCCCGAGAGCACAACCUUGUUCUGACCCGAUCGGGCUCCUUGAUUGGCCAGGGUCACGCCGCUGGAGGCUGGGUAUGCGACUCGGCUACCCUGCCCAUGGCCGGGCGCAGGGCUUCCCGUGCUGGCCUCUCCCCGAAACGCACGAUCUCCGGUGUGGCGGAGCAUGACCCCGGCACAGAGGGAGGAGGAGGAGGAGGAGGAGGAGGAGGAGGGGAUGGGGGAAGUGGAAUGACUUCCAGAGAUGGACAGCAGCAACUUGUCAGUGGACGCAGUUACGCCUCUGUCCUGCAGGGGGAGGUGUCUGGACAAAGGGACUAUUCUGGCAGCCUGGGGAGAGGAGGGCUGGAGAUGGGGAGCAACUUUGUGGUUCCGCGGCCUGACAGAGAGAGCGGAGGGAUAUCACUGACUGGGACUCCGUCUGUCUACCCAGAGGCAGCCGGAUUUAUUGGGGACUGGCGCGAUCAAAUCGGCUUAGGGGGGUAUGUUUUGGGAAGGAGGGACAUGAGCCCUCAGCUUUUACCCUUUCCAGGGCAGCCUCGGGGAACAUAUGGUGGAGUACUGGGCUAUGGGCCCAGCUGGGUUUCUGGGAUGGAGGGAGCAAGAGGGCCACCGGGACCUGGUGGUCCCUCUUUGGCAUUGAGGGUGGGGGAGUUCCUACGACUGCGUCUUGCCCAAGUCACCUUUGACCCCUCCCAGCCACCAUACGACUCCGUGCAGGUGUACGGUCUGGAGGGGACAGGAUCCAGGGCCGGAUCCCUCAGCUCGCUUGAGAGCGAGGGAGAGAAGGAGGAUUGGGGGGCAGGGAUAGAAGAGUGGGGACCUCAGUUUCAGAAAUUAGCCCAGCUCUUCAGAAACAGGGAAAAAGCAAAAGAAGAUCAGGAAAUUGUCGAAGAGAGUGCCAAAAGGGAGAAAGGAAAGAAAGAAGAGCUGGGGAAGAAGGACAAAAAAGAGGAUGGCAAGGUUGGAGAUGAAGGGAAGGACUGAGGAUUGAAAAAAUAAAAACCAAUGGGGGCAAAAGGAGGGAGAGAGGAAAGGAGGGACUAGGAGGAUGAUGAAAAGGCAUCUAGAGCUGGAAUAAUGUGAAGAGAAGUUAAAGGGGAGAAAGAUGAAGAGGCAAAGUAAUAAAAAGAGACAGAGAAAAAUGAGCCUAGGGAGGAUGGAGAAUGCGAGGGCAGGAGAGGGAGUGAUUGAUGUAAUUUAAAGCAAUAAGUGUUGAAACGCUGAUAUGGUUGAGCACAGAUACUGAGACAAUGCAGAGGCUGCUUCGGCUCGGGGCAGCAACAAUUUGUUAAAUGCUUYGGACAAAGAAAAACAACCCAAACAUCCCAGACUCUAUUUAAUUCAGCUCUCACGCACGGAAUGAGAAUUAGCGGGAAACAGGAAGAAAGACGUCACUCGCAGUGCAGGCUGGCCUGAACUUUCCGUCUGCGUAAAUGUGYACGUUGGAGCACAAGUUCAUUACGCAGACUCUCUUGUUUGCGUGAGAGUGAUAAAUCAAACUCAGURAAAGGGUGUCAGGGUAGGAAUCAUGAUACCCGAGGACUGUUUAAAGACAAGAAGAAAGUCCAGCGCUGAACAAGCAACAACAUUAGCUCUCGAGUUGAUGUGCGUGAGCAACAAAAUUUCACAAGGAAGUAUCGGAACAAGGCUAACACACAAGAAGGCAAACCUGAUAUUUGGAUAGAMAGGCAGAUUAGAUGGGAAGAAUGUACAAAAACAGAAAUGGUCUCAUAAGUGAAGCGAUUGUACAGAAAACUGUUCCUUUUUUAUGCCAUCAGCUGUGGUAGGAAAGUGAAAAAUUCAGCUUGCUACUCCAUUCCAAAUGAAAACGAUGAAUCAUUUAAAUCCCGCAAAAGAUUCUCCCUCCUUUCAGCCCACAAGGAAAACAGACAUUGUGCAAAAUUUAAAUGAUUUAGAGAUGUGACCCCCCUCCCCCACCCCUUUCCGCCACUCGUCUCAUGCCCUCAGCUUUUGUACUUCAGUGUUGAUAUGUUUACAGAGAUUCUCACACACACACACACACACACCGACACAAAAGAACUGAAUAAUGUAAGCUUUGAUUGUACUUAAAUGAAGCCAAACCGUCAGUAAGUAUUCCAUCCACUUGUUGGAAGGAUCAAAC